UCACUCUAAUUUCACCAACUUUAACGUUUUUAACUUUAACAAAUCGAUCUGUUUGAGCUAGGGUUUGGAUUUCAUGUUUCUAUAAAUCUAAUAACACAAAAAAAUGUUGUAAUUUACGGAUUCAAUUUGGUAAACAUAACCAUAAAAUAUUCAAUAUAUAAGUGAAUUUUUAUUGUUUCAUGAAUUACAUAAAUGUGUCUAUGGAUAGGUCACCAACUAAAUAUGAUAAAGAAGCAAAGGGGUGAACGUUAUCAACAAAAAUAACAUGAUCAACCUUUGAUUUCAAGUAGAAAAACUCGUGUUUUUGGUAUUGUUACCCUGUAAACACCCUACAGACACUAGUUUCUAGAGAGUAAUUUAAGAUAUUCACCAAGUAUCUUACUUGUUAAGUAUGUUUCUUGCUAACCUGACAAGAUGGAGAGGAACACAAAUUUCUCAAUUCUCAAGCUCUCAGAUGGAGGAAGUUUGUCUCAACAGUCAGCCCCUGUUUGAUGAAAGCGAUGACUAUGAGGUUGACGAAGACUGUAGUGUAUUGGGACAGGAUAAUGAAACCGGAAAAAGAUAUUCAAGAAAGGAACCCCUCCAACCUACCAUUGGAUUGGAGUUUGAUUCUUUUGAUGAAGCUUAUAAUUUUUACAAUGUUUAUGCCAAGGAACAAGGAUUUGGUAUCAGAGUGGGCAAUUCCUGGUUCAGAUCAAAGAGAAAGGAAAGAUAUAGAGCUAAACUUAGCUGCAGUAGUGCAGGUUUUAAAAAAAAGAGUGAAGCAAACAAUCCACGGCCGGAAACAAGAACUGGUUGUCCUGCAAUGAUAGUCAUUAGGCUUGUGGACUCAAAAAAGUGGAGAAUAGUUGAAGUUGAGCUCGGGCACAACCAUCCGGUAAACCCUCAGAUCCAGCGGUUUUACAAGUCUCAUAAAAGAAUGAUUCUUGCAGCCAGAAAAGCACAACCACCACCAGAGCCUGUCACAGAAAUACACACCAUCAAGUUGUAUCGAACAGCUCUAGUGGAUGGGUGUAAUGGAUACUUAAAUGUUCAUGAAAGAGAAGGUUCUAAUUCUGUUGAUCACUCUAAACAUCUGGAACUUAAAGAAGGAGAUGCACAUGCAGUGUACAAUUACUUUUGUCGUAUGAAGUUGACCAAUCCAAACUUCUUUUACUUGAUGGAUUUUGACGAUGAUGGGCGCCUGAGGAAUGUUUUCUGGGCUGAUGCUAGAUCUAGGACUGCAUAUGGUUAUUUUUGUGAUACAGUUGCAAUUGACACGACAUGCUUGGCAAACAAAUUUGAGAUCCCUCUUAUUUCAUUUGUUGGUGUGAAUCACCAUGGGCAAUCAAUACUAUUGGGCUGUGGGUUUCUUGGCCAUGAGUCAGUAGAGUAUUUUGUCUGGAUUUUCAGGGCUUGGGUUAAAUGCAUGCAAGGUCGAACACCGCAGGUUAUUGUUACUGAUCAGUGUAAACCCUUGCAAAGUGCUGUGUCUGAGGUCUUCCCUGAAGCUCGUCAUUGUUACUGUCUGUGGUACAUCAUGCAAAAAGUACCAGAGAGGUUGGGAGGGUUGAAGGGAUUUGAAGCCAUCAAACAACAACUGAACAAAGCUGUCUAUAAUUCGUUGAAAAUAGCCGAGUUUGAAACUUCUUGGGCUGAAAUGAUCAGGCGGCAUGGACUUGGUGAUAACAAAUGGCUACAAACAUUAUAUGCAGAGCGACAACGAUGGGUCCCAGUUUAUUUGAAGGACAUAUCUUUCGCAGGAAUGAUCCCCAUCAAGGAAAAUGAGGGCUCCAAUUCUUUUUUCGAUGGCUAUGUGCAUAAACACACAUCGUUUAAGGAAUUUGUUGAUAAGUAUGAUCUAGUCCUGCACAGGAAACACCUUAAAGAAGCCAUGGCAGAUGCAGAGUCAAGAAACUCGAGCUUCGAAUUCAAAACAAGAUGCAACUUUGAGGUACAGCUCUCUAAAGUGUACACUAAGGAGAUGUUUAAAAAGUUUCAGUGUGAGGUCGAGGGGAUGUACUCUUGCUUCAACACAAGACAGGUGAGUGUUAAUGGGCCAAUAGUGACCUACAUAGUGAAAGAACGCCUCGAAGUAGAGGGAAAUGAGAAGGAGGUCAAGCAUUUUGAGGUUUUAUAUGAGACAAGCCAGGUGGAUAUCCGAUGUAUAUGCAGCUUGUUCAAUUACAAAGGUUAUUUAUGUAGGCAUGCACUGAAUGUUCUUAACUAUAAUGGGGUGGAAGAGAUACCUGCUCGCUACAUUCUGCGGCGUUGGAGUAAAACUUUUAAGCGAAUGUGUGUCCCAGAUCACGAGUCCACUAAUAUUGAUGUGUAUAACCCAAUUUACUGGCACAGUCAUCUGUAUAAAUGUGCCAUUCCUAUUGUGGAAGAAGGAGCACAAUUACCUGAUCAUUAUAAGAUUGCAUUACAAGAAUUAGAGGAUUUGUUGAACAAAUUAAAUCUUGUAGACAACUAGUGUAAAUUAUCAUGUAGAAGCUAGCAGGAAAAUUCAAGACUUUUCUACAAUCUCUCUCCCAAUGACAGCAUCCCUUUUCUU